AUGGACCAGUUCCUGGUGCUGCUGCACUCGGUGUCCACCGGCCUGACGAGCGGCGAGCUGACCGAGCUCAAGUUCCUGUGCCAAGGCCGCAUAAGCAAGAGGAAGCUGGAGCGCGUGCAGAGCGGCGUGGACCUCUUCUCCGUGCUGCUCGAGCAGAACGAGCUGGACAGCGAGCACACCGAGCUGCUGCGCGAGCUGCUCGUGUCCCUGCGGCGCCAAGACCUGCUGCGGCUCCUGAACGACUACGAGGCGGGCGCGGCGGGGCGGGCGGCGCCGGAGGAGCAAGACCUUUGUGCAGCAUUUGACAUCAUAUGUGAUCACGUGGGGAAGGACUGGAGAAGACUGGCUCGUCAGCUGAAAGUGUCUGACAGCAAGAUCGAUGCCAUCGAGGUGAAGUACCCCCGGAACCUGACCGAGCAAGUGAGGGAGGCGCUGAGAGUCUGGAAGAGCACCGCAGGGGAGGGAGCGGUUGUGCCCCACCUCGUGGGGGCGCUCAGGGCCUGCCGGCUCAACCUGGUGGCAGACCUCAUUGAGGAGGACCAGCAGGCCCGCAGCCUCCAGCGCGAGGACGAGAGUGGGAGCAGCUCUGUGUCCCUCGGGUCCUGGGACUUGGACGCAUCCAGCACGAGAGCCUCCUCCUGA